GAGGGGACGUCACCUCCGGGACCCCCUGUCAGUCACCUGCAGGGCGUGGGAGAGGAGCUCUCCACCUCUCCUUAGCCGAGGGUUAGUGUCAAGCGCGUGCUUGGUAAUCGCCCCCGCCGCUUGGGAGAACUCAAACUGGCGUCAGUUGGAAGUGCUACCUACCUACGUCCAAGAGACCGGAGAAGUCACCAGGGACGGUGUCACAAACAAGUUCAUCUCCACGAGUGCAGUCUCAUGCCUCUAGCCCUGGAGUGGAACAAGGCAUUUGAGGGAGGUGUGAUUUCCAAGACAAUUAUGAAAACGUUUGUCAUUGGAAUCGGUGGCGUGACCAACGGUGGGAAGACAACAUUGGCUAAGAAUUUGCAGAAAUGCCUCACAAACUGCAGAGUCAUUUCCCAGGAUGAUUUCUUUAAGCCAGAGUCUGAGAUAGAGACAGAUAAAAACGGAUUUUUGCAGUACGAUGUUCUUGAAGCACUGAAGAUGGAUGAAAUGAUGUCAGUCAUUUCCGACUGGAUGGAAAAUCCAAGACACUCCCUGUGGUCAACAGACUGGGCAAGUGCUGAGGAAAUCCCUAUCUUAAUUAUCGAAGGUUUUCUCCUCUUUAACUAUAAGCCCCUGGACACGAUUUGGAAUCGAAGCUAUUUUCUGACCAUCCCGUAUGAAGAGUGCAAGAGGAGGAGGAGCACAAGGGUCUAUGAGCCACCGGACCCCCCAGGAUACUUCGACGGGCAUGUGUGGCCCAUGUAUCUGAAGCACAGGAGAGAAAUGGAAGCCAUCCCCUGGGAACUGGUUUACCUGGAUGGAACAAAAUCAGAAGAGGAGCUCUUUUCACAAGUAUAUGAAGACCUAAUACAUGAACUAGCAAAGCAAAAGUUAUCUGAACCCCAGGAGUGAGGAGCCUAUAGAGGCAGCAAGGGGAUUAAGGCUUCCUUCCUGGGUAGUACGGUGGGGGAGGCAAGGAGAGCUGACAUCAAAGAGUUCAAGAAGGCAGAAAAUAUUUUGAAACUGAAAAGAAAUAAAAAGUCUGUGGAAAAACGGAACGGGAUCAAGAGGUAAUAAUAAGACUUUCCCACAGACACUUGAUACCCCUUGUAGCUGCUAUGCUGCCUGUAUGAACAGAAAGGAUUUCCGUGGCUAACUUCAAUCACCAGCUGCUGGGAAGAGGAGCCUGAGUCACUCCAGUUGUGAAGACUGUUCCGUGCUUUUCUGCUGAGAAACUGUAGAUCCCUCCCCCUCCCCCCCCAUAUAGAUGUCAGCAUACCUCAGGAUGAGUUCAAUUUCCUGUGUCCUCUGUACAUUCCUGUCUGUCCUGAAGCCCGAGCCCAGUCAAGCCAUGCACUGAUUCUGUUGUUAUGGGCCACAGGCCCUCCACUCCCGCUGACCCCAUUGCAACGAGAUCAAGCGAUGGUAAUGCAUAGGCUUUCCAUUGGCUGACUUUCAGAAGUAGAUCUCCAGCCCUUUCUUCCUCCUCUGUCUCAGUCUGAAGCCUGUUUAGCAUCCUAGCAAUGCAUGAGCCUCCACUGAGCUUAUUUUCCGGACAUGGUACAGGAAUCACACCCAGAUUUCCUGGACAGCAGGCAACAGUUCCACUGCUGAGCUACCUGUGUACCAUCCCAACCUCACCACCCCCUCCCCUCGUGAUCGUAACAAAAGCGUGACAAUGCAUGGAGUCAAUUCCAAAUCGUAUUGAUACUGUAGACAAACUGUACCUGAUCCUUGGGGUUUCCAAGACUUUGAACCUGUGGGAGCAGACUGCUACAUCUUUGCCCACAGAGCAGCUGGCGUGUUUAAGUCAGGGACCUUCCAGUUACAGGUGAGAGCUGCUUUUCUGGUUUCAGGACCUGCCCUUCAGAUGGGCAUGAUGACAUUUCAGGACCAUUUAAAAAGUUCUUCCUGCAAGUGGGACUUGUAAUCCAGAGAUUCCUGCCCAGCUCUGCCAUCUAUUACUUGAUGGAAAAAGAUAGCCAGCCCCCUCCCCACUAUAACAAAGCUCAGGCCUGGCAUGAGUGGGUGUAGAGAGGGGCGUGAGUGCAGGGGUCACCCUUCUUACGUGAUAGCCCCUGAGCCUUAAAUGAUGAGGUACAGGCCUUCUCGCCCUAACUAUGUUGUCCAGCGGUGUGUCCGCUUCCAGACACCCAUAGUUUUCCAUCUUCUUGAUAGUAGCCAUGCUCGCUUGGGCUGCUUCUCCUUGGGUGACUGAGUUUGUCCAUGGGAAAGUUGCCCUAGUCAUAUAAGCUCGGGCAGCUUGUGCCCAGUUCCAUUGUAAAUGCAAGCUUCUGCCAUCUGCCCCGGUUCAAAGACAGCUGACAUAUUUUGGCAGGUGCUGAGAAACCACAGGGACAUCUAUCUCCUUAAGUGUGACGUCCUCUUCUCUCCUUGCCUGUAUCCUACAGGUAGGUGAGGAGCUAAUCAACUGUGCCAUUUAAGAUACCUGUCUUGCUUGAAUCUCAGCUAUUGGGGAAAAAUAGAAACCUUAGAAGAGUCAUAAAUCUGAAGCGGAUCAGCUUUUCCUGCCUCUGAGGUCUGUGUUACUUCUCUUUCCAUUGCCAAAAUAAGUCACUCUGUUAUUUUUCAUAUACUCACCACCUCACCAGCACCAACCAUAGUACCCUGGCAGCGCUGGCCUCCGAGGAUCCUCAGCAUAGCCCAACACAAGGCUGAGCAGCCGGGAAGGCAUGUUAGAUGUUUCUGCAGACUGUUCUUCAGGCUUGCUCUCUCAUAAUAGCACAUACAGCUGCUCAGUCAGUUUUCAUUCUAAGUCUAUACAAGCAGUACGUGGCGUCAUGGUAAAUGGAGAAGACGGAAGUUGUCAAGGAUCUCACUUUACUUGGACCCAUUAUCAGUGCCCACGGCAGCAGUCAGGAAAUCAAAGGACAUGUCCCACAGGAGGGCCUGUGCCUGUCUCACAGAAGGGCAUCUUGCUGGGAGAGGGUCAGCGAAGAAGAGGAAGAUUGUUGAGUCAGAACUGACCGGAUGGCAUGUAACCAAAACUACAGGAAAUCAUUAUUGUGAUAGAGUAAUAAUAAUGAACAAAGAUUGAACUAAUGAAGAACGAAUAACCCAGGAAAGUAAGUUAAUGAAGCUAAACCUCUAAUUCAAUCCUAAUUGAAAUCCUAACUUGCAGGUAAAACAUAAUUCUUAACCUAUCCCAAUAUAGCAAGGCUGCCCAACCACCAGAGACAUUCCCAUUCCCUUUAAAAAACACUUAUUUUCACCUCUGAGACCCUGGAUAGUGAAACUACUAAUGUGCUCAGUUGCUACUGGACAGGGACCUCGGAAGAAAGGCCUGGCUACUUCCAAAAGACCAGCCACAGAAAACCCGGUGGAGCGCCAGUUCUACUUGACACACAUGGGGACUUUGAAUUGUAAUCGACUAAACGGCAACUGGUCUCACUGUAAUUUUUCUUCAUUUGUUUUCAUCUCGUUAUGAACCAAAAACCAAAUUUGCCGACUCAUAACAACCCUACAGGACAGGGUAGAACUGCUCCUGUGAGUGUCCCAGACUGUUUAUAGGAGUAGGAAGUCGUCCCGUCUUCCUCCCGCAGAACAGCUAGUGUCCCCUUGCGCAUGAUAGGCCAACAUGUACCCACUACACCAACAGGGCUCUGAACCAUUAUGAGAGCAUCAUAUUGUCAAUGUUUUUAAAAACAAAAGCAAAGGGGAGAAAACAAGUCACCUGCAUUCCCACUAAUCAGCAGUGUUAGUAUUCCAAUGAGAUCACAUUCCACUCUUCUUGCUGUUCACAUCAUACCCUCCCUUUCCUGAGAUGUUGCAAAUACACUAGUUAAUCAGCCACAGUGCGUACUUAAUAUUGAAGCAGCUUCAUUCACUUGAUUAUACAGUGAACCUAUAAAACUGAAUAUCUCCUCCCUGCUAGAGGAUUCACAAUUGUAUUCUAUGUUGCACGCUGAGUGAAAUAAGAGAGGGCUGCAAUAAGUUCAUGGAAGAAUGGAGCUAAGAGAUCAAGGAAUUUUCCCGGGAACUUUUGAAGCCCUUUCAUACAGGAUUUGACACUGACAGUUAGUGAAGAAAGAUGUUAUACUUCUAGUUUCAAAUGAAAUCAUAAUCACAGAAUACAGACUUAGUAAUGAAAUGUUUUCCUGCAUUGAAUUUUAAAUUUCUAAUUAUAAAAUAAAUAUCUAAGAGUAGUCCAUAGGAACAUAAGAUUAUUUAACCAUCUCUCCAUUGGAUAUUUACUGUUCAAGGUUUUCCAAUGAUAUAUAACAUGCUAUUUUAAAAUGCCCAAUUGCUGGUUUUCUCCUUUUUGAAUUAGAUUCGUUUAUAAUUCUAUUCCUUCAAAUGUAUAAAUUUAAUUAUAAAUUCUAUAAUUUUAUAAUUCUAUUCAUUCAAAUGUAUAAUUUUAAUUAUAAAUUCUAUACUUUUAUAAUUCUAUUCCUUCAAAUGUAUAAUUUUAAUUAUAAAUCCCCAAGGGCAUAGUCUUUUCUAAAGUUUAUAUAUUUCAAAGAUUAUAUACUACAUUAAAAAAUGUAUGUAUCUUUAACAGUAGCUGCUAUGUAAUAAAAAUUACUGGGUUUCAAGGGUUCAAAUAGGAAGUAAAUGUUUAGAAAAUUAUGUGGCAACAUAUGUUCAAAUAUACUUGAUAUGUGGAUUGUUAUA